GUGAGAACAUGAGUGAUCCAGAACCCUGCAGAAUGAAAUGCACUGAAGAUCCUGAAGAACAAAGAGACCUGAUGGAAGAGAGCGAGGACAGUGAAGAACUGAGUGAAGUGGAGGAGGAACAUCAUGUCAAACCUGGAGGAAAACCUUUGAGUCGCUUAAAGACUAAAAAUACAUUUUUAAAGAAAAGAAGAGCCAAGAAAUCUUUCACCUGCACUCAGUGUGGGAAGAGUUUCACAAGCAAUAAUCAACUUGAGAUUCAUAUUAGAGUUCACACUGGAGAGAAGCCGUUCUCAUGCGAUCAGUGCGGGAAGAGUUUCACACAAUCAGGAAACCUGAGGUUACACAUGAGGAUCCACACUGGAGAGAAGCCGCAUGAAUGUGAUCAAUGUGGAAACAGUUUCACAUUAAAACAUAAUCUUGAGGUUCACAUGAGAAUUCACACUGGAGAGAAGCCGUUCGCAUGUGAUCAGUGCGACAAAACAUUUAUUGGGUUAUCACAACUGAAGGCACACCUGAGUGUUCAUACGAAGGAGAAGCCACAUUCAUGUUCUGUGUGUGGAAAGAGUUUUUCACUGCUGUAUAAUUUACAACUACAUCAAAGAAUUCAUACUGGUGUGGGAGUUUACAUGUGCUUUGAGUGUGAGAAGACUUUUACUACAGCGAACUGUUUAAAACAGCACAAGAGAAUUCACACUGGAGAAAAACCUUACAAGUGUUCACACUGCGACAAGACAUUCAGUUGGUUAUCAACUCUGAAAAGGCAUGAGAGGAUCCACACUGGAGAAAAAGCUUACAAGUGUUCACACUGUGACAAGAGAUUCAGUCAGUCGACAGAUCUGAAAACACAUGAGAGGAUCCACAGCGGAGAAAAACCUUACAAGUGUUCACACUGUGACAAGAGAUUCAGUCGGUCAUCAACUCUGAAAACACAUGAGAGGAUCCACAGCGGAGAAAAACCAUACAAGUGUUCACACUGUGACAAGAGAUUCAGUCACUCAUCAACUCUGAAAACACAUGAGAAGAUCCACACUAGAGAGAAACCACAUACGCGUGAUCAAUGUGGGAAGAGUUUCACGCAAUCAGGAUCUCUAAAGUGUCAAUCCACUUAAAUGUAAAUCCACACUGGAGAAGAGAAAAACUAG